AUGGCCAACGAGGAUGAUGCGUUGCUACUCACGCUACGAACGGCCGCUCGGCACAACGGGAAACUACCGAUCCUCGGGGAUUUCAACACCCCAGAGAUAAACUGGAGUGAAGAAAGUGCUCCGUCGUUGUCCUUCGGCUUUGCGAUACUGAACCUGCUGCAAGAUGAAGUCCUCUCGCAACACGUAAGGGAAGACACGCGGUGGCGCGAUGGUAGUAGACCCCUCAGAUUGGACCUUGUACUCACGACGGGAGCAAACGAUCUGGGGAGUAUUCAAAUAAUGGCCCCAAUGGGUGAAAGUAACCAUGCUCUGCUUCACAUUACCAUGUCUCUCCGAGGGUCGACCGCGCCCGAUAAGGAGAGGAGAAACUAUGGCGGGAUGAACUUAGCGCAGCUCCUAAGUGGUGCAAAUGACAUGACAUGGGAAAUGGACCCCAGCGAGCCUCUGGAUGACAGCUGGAAUCCAGUGGAGUCCAAUUUAUUACACCUUUCAAAUACUUAUGCACCGCUGAGAAAAAUUAGGAGAAACAGAAAGCCUCCGUGGUGGAAGGUGCGAGCGCAAAAGGCUCAGACUCGUAACGAACGAGCGUGGGUCAGAUUGAUGGCCUCAGGCAGCCACCGCCGAUUCCUAGAAUAUGACCGAAUGCGCAAGCGCGCAAUGGCGGUCAAGCGGGUAUACAGGGUUGCUUAUGAAGGAAAGCUGGUGAGAAACGCCAAACUCAACCCUGAAGCCUACUUUAAUUAUGUCCAGUCCAAGGCCACAAUUAAAGGGGCGGUCGGGAACGUCCAAAACGAGGACGGAAUUAGCGUCGAAUCCAGUGCUGAAAAGGUGGGCAUUUUGCGCCGUUAUUUCGAAAGGGUUCACCAAACGGAUAAAGGGGUAAACCCCCAAACCCUCUGA